UUAACUUAGAAAAUUUGUUGUAGAUGUUUAAUUAUUAUAAAAAUAUUGUUUUGAUUUAAAUUUGUAUUAAAUUUUUGAUUACGUGUAAUAUAGGCACAUAAAUUUUAUGAUACAAAAGACCCUAAUUUUUUAAGAAGAAUCUUCAACUUUCAGGGUCUAAAGCAAAAUGAUUCAUAUUUGUGGACCAAAGCUUUCCAAUUGCUGUUUUGUUUUAAGCAUUUGGGGAAUAAUUAUGUUGAUUUUAAUGGGUAUCUUUUUCAAUAUUGAGUCAGUAGCUCUAAUUGAAGAUAUUCCAAGUACUGAUGAUGGUUACAGCCAAGCUUCUAAAAAUUGUUUUAUAGCAGCUGGAAUCUAUGUAGCAGUACUUAUAUUGUGUUGUUAUCAGAAAUGGGCAAUUUCAAAAGGCUACAAAAGAUAACUGGAAGUUUUACAUUCGUUACAUCACUUUAACAGCCGUAAUUUACUUUUGUAUAAAAAGAAUAUUUUUGUUUAUGUAGUAUAAAUGGAUUUUUAGUUAUUAAUUUUUUUUUUGUAUAA